CCACCCAACCCCCACCCAGACCGAUCUCGCUGCUGUUUCGUCCUCAGGCCUCUCCGACCGUCGGAGAGGUGACCUCUCGUCAACGCACUUCAUUCGACUAGCAUAUAAACUGGCGAGAGAAAACAGUUCAAUCAAACGCAGUUCCUUAUCCGCCGGUCCUUUUUCUGAACCGUAUAGACCUUUCCUUCCUGUUUACUGCACGCGAAGCCGCUGCUACUACGACCGCUGUAGCUCCUCACAGUUGAUUUUCUACCCUUCGCGAUACUAGCUUUCUCGUUAUUCAGCCAUGGGUUCGCUCGGCUCGUCUGGUGCUGCUGAGUUCAUCCUCCCUUCGGAGCAAGUGCAGCUGAUUAAAGACAGCUUCAAGGCCAAGAUUCAGGCCGAUGUGCCCUACCACGCCAUGACGCUCUUCAUCAAUCUGUUCAAGAUAGUGCCGGAAGCCAAGGGCCUCAUCUCCAUGACCAGGGACUACACGGGCCCCAUGAGGGAGAACAAGGCGCUGCAGGCACACGCCACCACCGUGCUCAAGAAGGUGGUGAACAUAGCCACGAAUCUGGACAAGGAGAAGCAGGUGGAGAUGUAUCGGACGAGCCUUGCAACCUUGGGCGGGAGGCACAUUGGAUACGGAGUCAAGCUCAAGCACGCUGCGAAAUUGAGGGAUGCGUUUGUGCUUACCAUAGCGAAUGCCAUGGGCGACACAUGGAGGGGUGACGUGGAAGCAGCAUGGAUUGCAGCCUACGAUGCCAUUGAGCAGAUGUUUGUUGUUGGGCUGGUUGGGCUUGCUGCUCCAAAAUAAGCAGGAGAGUGGAUUAUGUUAGAAUACGAUAAUUAAUUACUAGAAAGAGAAACCUAGAACAUAUACCUGUUGGGUUGUACUCACUAGAAGCACACACCUAGUCUAGCCUAUAACUUCUACAUAGAACAUAUGUAUAAGUUGACACACCCCCUACGCUAGAUAAGGGGUGGAGCUAAGCAAGA